AUGUGGUCCCAGGCUGCUGUUCAAGGCAGGGCCCCUAUUGCAGCUAUUCUCAGGAAACGAAAACUUGACUAUUAUUUGCACAAACUGCUACCUGAGAUCUUGCAAUCAACUUCCUUUCUGACAGCAAAUGGGACCUUGUAUAUUGCUUGCUUUUGCAUUCUAAGGAGGCUGCUUGGAAAAUUCUACUUUUGGUCUCCUGGCUUUGGUGCUGCUUUACCAGCUUCUUACAUUGCUAUUCUCAUCGAAAGGAAAAGCAGGAGAGGUCUGCUCACAAUUUACAUGGCCAAUCAGGCCACAGAAACAUUGUUUCGAAUGGCAGUCUCAAGAGGAGCUGUUACGCCUUUAAGACACGGAGAAGUCCUUUUGUUCUGCAUCACAGCUGCUCUGUUCAUGUUCUUUUUCAGGUGCAAAGAUGGCUUGAAAGGGUUUACGUACUCUGCACUGAAGUUCAUCGUCGGGAAAGAAGAAAUUCCCAGUCAUUCGUUCUCACCAGAGGCAGCAUUUUCAAAAAUAGAUAGAAAGAUAAAGCAUUGUGAAAAAAUAUCACAGCCAAUGAACAUACUGGCUCUAACAAAAAAACUCAUGGACAAAGUGUGCAAACAUGGCCCUAGGCAUCGAUGCUGUAAACACUAUGAAGAUAAUUGCAUCUCAUAUUGUAUUAAAGGCUUCGUUAGAAUGUUUAGCAUCGGUUACCUGAUCCAGUGCUGCCUUCGGAUUCCUUCCACGUUCAGGCAUCUGUUUACUGAACCUUCCCGGCUCCUAUCGCUCUUCUACAACAAGGAAAAUUUCCAGCUCGGGGCUUUCCUGGGAUCUUUUGUCAGUAUAUACAAAGGUACUAGUUGCUUUCUGCGUUGGAUACGAAACCUAGAUGAUGAGCUUCAUGCACUUGUAGCUGGGGCUCUAGCGGGAAUUUCUAUGAUGUUUUACAAAAGUACUACUAUCUCUAUGUACCUGGCUUCCAAAUUAGUAGAGACUAUUUACUUCAAAGGCAUUGAAGCAGGGAAAGUUCCCUAUUUUCCUCAUGCAGACAGCAUCAUCUAUGCCAUUUCCACAUCAAUAUGCUUUCAGGCAGCUGUGAUGGAAGUUCAGAACCUGAGACCUUCAUACUGGAAAUUUCUUUUACGACUAACAAAAGGCAGGUUUGCUCUCAUGAAUAGGAAAGUGUUAGAUGUAUUUGGUACUGAAGCCUCUAAGAACUUCAAGGAUUUCACACCUAGGCUUGACCCAAGAUACACUGUUGUACCACCAGAGCUACCGCUUGAGCUGUCUUGAAAAUGAUAUAGUGUAUCUUGUCAUUAACUGUGAUCAGCAUUUUGUCCUGAAAAGUUAAUUAACUUAACAGUCAUGUAUGUGGAGGAGGGCUUGGGCUCCACUUCAGUGUUAUUUCAAUGAGAAAUACUUUUUACCAAUCAAAAACACUGAAGCUUUGUAGGAAGGUGCGGCUUAAUGAUUAAGCCCCUUCCAUACACAAAAAAUAUUUCUGGAUUACUGUAGUUGGUUGACAGUACGGUAGAUUCCUGAGUGAAUUAAAUCAGUGAGUAAUAUAUCUAGAGAAAAGUAAAACGUAUGUAAGACAUAAAUAUGCAUAAUAAUUUCGAGAACCCUGUAUCUCAUACCAGUAGAAUAUUUCUUUGUCAAACUAAAAGUAAUUCUGAAUUUAGAAAGGAAGACAUAUUGCGUAGUUUAGAUCCAGAAUUUUACCUGAUCUUAAAACUACUGCAGUCUGGUGGAAGCGUCUCCUCGACUUUCUAAAUUGCAUCACUGAUUUUUCUCAGAAGAGCCACUGCCCACCCUAUUUAAAAUGACAAUAUUUUCACCUGGCUGCGGUGGCAAAAGCAGGCAUUCCUUCGUAAAAGAAAACGCGUAUUCGUUCCUAAAUCACAUUCCAGGUCUGAAAAUUCCACUGAUGAUACGGAUAACGGACAAGGAAA